AAUAUUUUUAAUUGACAUUCUUUAAUUUUUUAUAUUGUUUUUGAGUGCACGUGCUUAAGUUUAGGGAAUAUUCGAACACCAUGGAAAAUGAAGAAAAACUUUCUCUUAGCGUCCUAGAAGACCGACCCUACCGAUAUUUACAACAAAUGGCGAAGUCUAUUGGAUUACCAUCUAAUUUCAAGAAAGUCUAUUUAAUAGAAUUGAUACAAGCUAAGAAGUUCAAAACUGAAAGAGAAGUUAAUACUAUUAUAAAUAGAGUUAAACUUGAACGAUUGCAAUUAUCAAAAGCCAGAAGAGAAAGUAAAAGAAGAAAAAUGCAGAUGGCAGAAGUAACGUCGACAAGCAGAUCCUGCUUUUCUCCACCCAUAACAAUAACACCGAAGCGUUCGAAUCAGAUGUAUGUGAGAUGCAGUCCAGAACAACGCAGACAUCUUGUCGGUUAUAAUCCAAAACGGAAUUUAAUACAAAAUCUUAAUCAAAAUCCCACACCAAAUUCAACAAAUUCAAGCGGUAGAAUAUUAAGAAGUUUUAAUAUGAAAACUUUAAAACCAAACUAUGCAUUAAUGAAUGGUCACGAUAUAUUCAAGUCGCAUACAAAUCCAAAAGAAACCAAAAUUAAAAUAAUAACAAACAAUAGUGGAUUCCCUCAAUUCAACGUCACAGCUAAGUGUGUUGUGAAAAAGCAUCGGCCCAGUGUAUUGGCCAAUGGGAAAACAGCUUUUAAAACACAUCUAAUGCUAGCACAAAGUAUGGAUUUAUUACAAAAUCCAAUACCAGCAAAACGGCAAAGGUCUAUAAGUGGGAUAUACCCAUUAAUCCCUUCAGACACAAUACCAAGGAAUCUUCAUACAACGGAGAGGGUCUGUCUGCGUAAAAUAGACGGCAGCUUAACUAAAAUCAAUGCGUUGGUACAGAGACGUAAUAUCGACGUUAUGCCACGACAAAAAAAUAAUUACAAAAACACCGAAGUCAACAUUCAGGAUAUUUUGAACAGUAUCGAUGCGAAUACAGAACACGUCACAUAUGAUAAUAGAAACAGUGACCAUAUGGCAACACAAUACCCUAAUCUAUCAAGUAUAGACACAGCAUACAGCAAUAUGUAUAACUCCCAAUUACCUAUCGAAAGCAAUAUAAAAGAUAAUGAUAUAGAUACUUACUCGGUAUAUUAUCACAAAAAGAUCAGAGCCGAACAAAUAAGAUGUCAACGUUUGAGAGAAAUGCAAGAUAGUGAGAGAUUACCAAAGAUCGGUGAUGUUUUUAGUAAAUUUAGUGAUGUUUACAGGAGAGAUUUGAUGCAGCCACUGUAUGUGCAAGUCAGCACUGAAGCUGAAAGAAGCCAGAAUCAUCCAUUAUAUGUAAACCGAGGUCCGGAAAAUUCAUUGAUGCUGGAACAAAUAUACAAUUUUAAAAGUCAACAAUUAAAUAACGCACCAUUGCUACAAAUAGCGACCACAUCCAACACUAAAUGUGUAUACAGCACACCCGUUGUGGCAACCGCUGUGGCGCAACCCUCGACGAUUGUGUCGAACGAAGCUUAUGUUACUUCGUUCGAGGUGGAUAGUCACCGUAAUCAACAUGACGUAGACCCGAGGUUGUAUGAGUUCAUACAUUUCUCCGAGCAGACCGCGAUGCGGAAGAACUAUUCAAAUUGUGAUGAUUUCAGCACAUCGACGUCAUCUCAAGACAUAAGCACGACCGUCUCAAUUCCGGAGAUGGUUGAAGAUGCACUCGAAAUUAUAAGUCAGGACGGGGACUACAUGGAACAAAUCGCAAUGGACGUGAGAGUGGAGUGCGUGCUCUGUGUCUGGGCGGGACCCAAGAUAUUACUCGAAUAUCACAUCAAAAGGGAGCACGCGCAGCAGAUCCACCGGCAGCGCGGCAGCGAGUGGGCGGUGCCGUGGGCCGUGCCGGCCGGGCCGGCCGGGCCGGGCGCGCCGGGCGGACCGGGUACUACGCGUCACGUGCUGCAGCUCGACGACGCGCUGUACGUGCUGAGCGCGCGCUACUGCGACCCCGACUGCUUCCGUGCCAGCCUCGCGUCAUUAUCAACGGAAGGCACGCAAAAAUUCGGCUCUAUAACGAUUUACAACAAAGUCUCCGGCGAGCCGUUCUCAUGGAGCGGUCACAUACAACCUCUAUCGCCCAACCUGCCGUAUGAAAACGAGGCCAGCUGUCUCAAAAUAGAAUUGUCUAAACUAGACUUACUGCCCAAUAGUGCAAACUUGAAGCUAUUCAACAGAGAGUUAGUAACAGACUCACCCAGUAAAGUCAUUAUAGGACAGCCACUGAAUGAUAUACAAUUAAUGAUAUUCGUUAGGAUAUUUAAUUAAAACGGAAGAAAAUGUACUAGUAUUAUAUAUAUUACACAGAAUGUAAUAAUAUGACUCCCAAUUGGUUGUAAAUCAUUCAACUCUAUCCAUAGACAUUAAAUGAGGCAUUUAUUAAUUAGUAUUAUCAAAGCGUUACAAGUUUAGUAUCGUCGUUGUAACAGAUUAUAUACGGAACCAUAGAGAUACAUUGUAUUGUAUUUAUUAUCCCUAUUUUUAUGACUUGUAUUAUCAUACUGCUUUUACCUAUAAACUUUAUUUAGGCGGGGAUUCGUGAAACAUUGCUUUGUCUUCUAUCAUAUGUCAAAUUAACUAUGACAAAAAGGGAGAAAACAUCCGCUAAACAAAAUUUAUAAGUGAAGCAUUAAAUACUGCAUAUUUUUUUUAUUGUACUUCUUUAAUUGAAAACAAAAUAUUUAUAGGUUGCACUUAUUACAUUUUAAAACUUAACCUUUACAUAAGUGUUAAUUGGUUUUAUAAUCACUUU